UGCGCGGAAUGUGGCGGAGGUGGAGCCUCCGGCGAGGAAGUGGACCACGGGGCUGCGGGACCAAAAGCUGGUCUCGAGGAGGAUUGUGAUGUCAAGGAGGAGAAAGUGCCAGGGCGGACCAGGAGCAGCUGUCUUUUGGCAGAACCUCAAGAUGCAGCAGCCACACCCCGUCCCACCAAGCCAAAAAACUUGGAAGUUAACAGGUUAGAGCUGGCGCACAGAGAAGAGGACAUUAAAGAGGACCGAGACAGCCACUGUCUUCAGAGGAGUCAGCAGGUGACUCCAGAAGCCAGUGCCUCUCCAUACCCUGAGGAUAAAUCCACAGGUGCAGUACAGCUGGGCAGCCUGUCAAAGUCCAGGGACAGUAUGGAGUUCAUAGGUGCACUGAAUCCUGCCCUCAAGAAAGGACCCAAACACUGCACAGCCUGGCCUGACAACCCAUCCCCUGAAUAUAUAAUGUAUGAGAGGGUCACCGUCCUUGAGGAAGGGGACAGCGACGCUGAGGCGAACGGGCUGGAUUUUUCCUGCACUGCCGACCAGGAGUCGGAGCCCAGGCCCGUGCUGAUUCACGCACAGCAUAAACUGCAUGGGGAGACCAAGGACAGGGAGGGGAUUCAGAUAGCGGACGUGGUCAGCUUGUCUCACCCGCACAACGCUGUGAACCAAGGGAGGAGAAAAAGCGUGAGGAAGAUGAAGGAUGGGACGUCCAAGCCGAAGCAGCAGCAACUUGGACUCUCAGGAAAACGUGCACAGAUGUCUGUGAGUGGGAGCGCCUCUCUGGUGCUCUCAGAUACCCCUGAGGUAGGCAUGCCCGCAGGGUGUGGUCAGCGUUUUGCCGCUUCCAUGGACAUAAAGUCACUUCACGGUCUUGGCGCUGAAGAUAAACACAUCAGUUGCAUAUACUGUGGAAAGAGUUUCAGUUAUGCAAGUCGCCUUAAAAUACACCUGCUGAAGCACACGGGAGAGAAACCGUUCAGCUGCACACACUGUGGAAAGCGAUUCACUAUUGCGAGAAAUUUGGAGAGACACCAGCAUAUUCACUGGGGAGAUGCAUCUUUCUGCUGUGCCCAGUGUGGGAAGAGAUUUAAGCGAGCUGACCAUUUGAAAGUCCACCAGCGUGUUCACACAGGAGAGAGACCCUACUCUUGCACCCAGUGCAACAAGAGUUUCCGUUUUUCUGGGGAUCUAAACACACACAAGCGAGUGCACACGGGAGAGAAACCAUACUGCUGUGUGCUGUGUGGAAAUAGGUUUAGCCAGUUAAGGCAACUGAAAUCACAUCAGCGGAAACAUAAGGGUUUGAGCAGAUUUGACCAACUGAUUAAAUGAAUGUUUGCUUACAGGGCUUAUUUGGAGUUUAUAAGUAUCAGUCUGGAUUAAUUUUUGGACAUAAGACCGUUCUUUUGGGUCUUGGUCUUUUAUUUGGCUAAUACAGACUGAUGGUCCUAGACUUGAUAAGUCCUAGCCUUGACAGACAGACAAGGUUUGGACAUGGUACCAAGUUGAACAUAUAUGAAUGCAUGUUGUUUCUACUUCCAACAUCCCACUAUCGUUUACAUGCACACUGCUGUAUUAAAACAAUAGUGAUCGUGAACUUUUAUUUCUGGAUUUGCAAACAAUACGAGAAAAAUGGGUGCGUUUACAAAACAGAAAGCACUCUGUAGAACAAAAGGGUAAAGUGGACCAUGAUAUGCCUGUUUUGCUGUUUUAGUAUUGUAACUGUCAGUUGAAAAAAAAUCACUGCCACUGUAAGUAUAUUCAGUAUAAUCAAUGCAAACCUGUUUUUGGAAGUAACAGAUACUUUUCAUGUGCCUGACAAAGGAAAUUUGAAAACGUUUUUAAACUGUACAUUAUAAUAAUUUCUGUGUUGCAUACUUUCUUGUGGUCUCUGAGGUGGGGUACAAGAACUCAUCUCUAAUAUUCUUCUGGCAGAUUCAUCAUCUCACAUCAUCCGUGCCCUGGGCCUUUGGUCUGCCAGACCAGUUUAUUUCAUGCAUUGUUCCAUCAUCUCAGUCCUACACUGGCAACCCCAGACAUUGAAUUCACAGAUGGAUGUGACCCAUUGAUUGCAUGAUUGAUGGUAUUUAAGUGGGUUCACAAGGUUUUUCAGCUCUGCUACGAUUCUCCUCACAGAUUCCCUGAAAACUUUAAUCAGACCUGUCAGAUAAUCAUCGCAUGGUAUGAUGUCUUAUGUUCAUUCAUUCAUUUACAUGAUGUGAAUGAGGCGAGGCUUCUAAAUAUAUGAAUAGUCCCAUACUGCUCUAAAUGUUACA